CCGAAGUUCCGAAGACGUCUCCAGUUCCCUAUUCUGUCGGGGGAACCGCGCUUUUUCGACGCUGUGGGAGGUCAUUGCGCCGACGUCUCGCACGCGCGUAAUCUCUCUCUCUCUAUCUCUCUCGUUGGGCUAGAUCCGAUCAUGGCGGAACCCAACAAGUGGGUUCCGCGAAAUCCCGAGCUUCCCGGGGCGGAGGACGGCUCGGUCUCUAAGGAAUCCGCCCUUGCUGCGUGCUUUGCAAUGGCGCUCUUCUACGUGGCCGUCCUGUACGCCCCCACCUACGUACUUCGCCUUGCUCCCGCUUCCUCCCUCAACACCUUCAUGAUCCGACGCUUCAUCUCCGUCAUCUUUGCCUCUCUGGCCUCCAUCCUGCUCUGCGCUUGCCUCCUGCCCGUUAGGAAUUACCAAGGUGCAUCACUUAUUCUCAGCAUUUGUGGCAUUCGACUGGACCAUCUGGGGCGGGCUGUGGCAAUCCCUCUUUGCUUGACAUCCCUUUUCUAUGUUGGGUCAGUUGUUUCUAGACUUUUGUCUUUCAGUGAUGCAUGGGAGCAAGAGGAACUCCAUCAAGAAGCUUAUUUAGUUAGAAUUUUCAAGGCUGCAUCCCAGAAACUUGUGGAUGAUGCACACUUUGUUGUACUGAAUAUUUUAGCAUGGCGGAACUAUGUUGUGGCACCCAUUACGGAAGAGUUGGUUUUUAGAGCCUGCAUGAUCCCAUUGCUUCUGUGUGCGGGAUUCAAAGCAUACAGCAUCAUAUUUCUCAGUCCUAUAUUCUUCAGCCUUGCCCAAAUCAUUCCUUUCCAGCUCAAGAUAGGUUCCGCUUCUGGAUCGGGUCCUCCUCCAGCACAUUUAAAUCAUCUUCUGGAACUAUAUUAUGGACAGAAGUACACCUUCUCUAGGGCUGUUCUAAUUGUAGGUAUGCAGCUUGGCUACACAGUGAUGUUUGGAUGGUAUGCUUCCUUUUUAUUUCUUCGAACAGGUCAUCUCAUUGCUCCAAUCGUAGCACAUAUAUUUUGCAACAUGAUGGGACUGCCAAUAGUCUUCCCCAACACUCAAAAAGCAUUUGUGUUUUCUUCUUUUCUUAUUGGCUGCGGAACCUUUUUCAUUCUAUUGUUUCCAGCAACAUCUCCAGAUUUGUACAACAGCAACACAAAACAUUGUAGAUGUUGGCAUGAGUUCUGCAGCUGGGGCAGGACCUUGUGAAAUUAUUAAUGGCUUCAGCUUGCUUGAGUACUCAACUGUUGUGAUCCUACUUUUGUAGUCCAUUUGUACUUCGUCUGAGGCAUGCACCGCUUCAGGACGGGGUCCUUUUGGGCCAAAAUUGCCAAUAGAGCAGCACGUGAAGAAUUUUUACAUCGGAGCUGGCAAUAUCAUGGGCCUGGAAAGGAAAGAUCAUGCUACUAAAGUUUGAUUCCACUGAUCUUAAUUUUUGUACAUUGCAGGCAAGAUCUGCCGUAAAUAACAUCUGAUGCAUCAGCCUUGAUGAUUAAAAGCAUUUUUCAAUAUUUAA